AUGUCGAAUGUGAAUGUAGGCACUCAUCAAGCAGCAAGCGAUGAAGUGAUAAAAUGGUGCGAGAAAGAGAGAAAAUUGAAAGCCGUUAUGCUGUACCAUCAGCACAGAAAUCAUCCAACAGACGAAAUAAAAGCACGCUCUUUAACUUUAGAAAAAUAUUUUUACUGUCGGAUUGUCGUCGUCACCACAUGA